AUGUCUCAACCAGCCGCGCUCGACAAGCGUGACGUUCCCGUCCCCGCGGCUGCGGCCAAGGCACCUGUAGCGGCUCAGCUCAGCCUCUUGGAGUCGUUCAUGGUGGGCGGCGCGGCGGGAUGCACGGCGGUUACCGUCACCAACGUCGCGGAGACGAUGAAAACCCGCCUGCAGCUACAGGGCGAGCUUGUCAAGGCUGACGCGAACGCGCCGCGCGUAUACAACAACGUGUGGGACGUGUUCAGGAAGACGUGGCAGAACGAGGGUAUUCGGGGUCUGCAGCGUGGUCUCGUCCCGGCGUACGGGUACCAGAUCCUGCUGAACGGGUGCCGUCUUGGCUUCUACGAGCCCGCACGGCACCUCGUCAACCGCGCGGCCGGCUACGCACCGGACGCCGGCGUUGCCUGGACGGCCAUUACGGCCGGCGCGCUUACCGGAUGUAUGGGUGCUUGUCUUGGCUCACCCCUCUUCCUGAUCAAGGCGCGGAUGCAGGCGUACUCGCCUGCUCUGCCGGUUGGCGCACAGCACCAUUAUCGUAACUCUUGGGAUGCGCUUAGUACGAUUGUGCGCAAGCGCGGCGUCAAGGGACUGUACCAGGGUGUUUCGGCUGCUGUUCUGCGUACGGCUUGUGGCUCCUCUGUCCAGCUCCCGUCGUAUAACUACGCCAAGUACAUGUUCAAGAAGUACGGGAUCAUCAAGAACGACGGGUUUGCAAUGUACCUCGCUGCGUCGUCUGUGUCUGGUGUUGUUGUGUGCGCUGCAAUGCAGCCCGCCGACACGGCGCUUACGCGCAUGUACAACCAAAACACCAUCACGGACCCUGUCACUGGAAAGACGCGUGGUGCGCUGUAUUCGAGCCCCAUCGAUUGUCUUUGGAAGACGUUCAAGACCGAGGGCAUCAAGGGAUGGUACAAGGGCACCACUGCCCAUUUCUUGCGUAUUGCGCCGCACACUGUCAUCACGCUCGUCGCCAACGAGGUAAUCGGCAACGAGUACCUACGCCUAAGGGGACGCGAGUGA